CACACUUCCCUUCACUUAGGUCUUUUCUCCUCUCUCUCUCUCUCUCUCUCUCUCUCCCCUUUAAUUUUCCUUCCAAGCUUUUAAGUGUAGUGUUUAUAGAAAACCAUCUCACUCUAAGAAAUUAUUCAAUGGCAUCAAGCUCAAUGUCCUCAAGAGGCUCCGACUCCUCCUGGACUGCCAAGCAAAACAAAGCCUUUGAAAAGGCUUUGGCUGUGUACGACAAGGACACUGCCGACCGCUGGUACAAUGUCGCCAAGGCGGUUGGCGGCAAAACACCGGAGGAAGUCAAGAGGCACUAUGAGCUUCUUGUACAAGAUGUCAAGCAUAUUGAGUCAGGCCAUGUUGCCUUCCCAGAUUACAGGACUACUGGAUGAGAAAUCUCAAGCUUCACUGGAGCAGUAUAACUCACAGUUUAUCCACUAGUUAAUAAAUAAAGAUUGGUCACUCGAUCGCUUCAUCUUCAUCGUUACAUCGCUAGCUAGGAGCCAUUUUAAUGUUCAAUGACGCUGUGGUCAUGGUAUGGUUUUGUGUUCAGUCGUUUGAGAAAUCACAAUCAGUGAUUCUUCUAUGUAUGUACUUUGUACUAGUUUCAGUUUCUUUCAUUUGUUUCUUGCUACUCUAAGCUUAAGUAUGUAUGUAUGUAUGUAUGUACCAAAGGCAUGCAUGUACGUUGUAAUUCUAUAUGUAAGAUUCAAGUAGUGGAAUCUUAUUUUAUGUGU